AUGAGUGUGGGCUUCAUUGGCGCCGGGCAGCUGGCCUUCGCCCUCGCCAAGGGCUUCACGGGUGCAGGUGUCCUGGCUGCCCACAGGAUAAUGGCCAGCUCCCCAGACAUGGACUUGACCACGGUUUCGGCUCUCAGGAAACUAGGGGUGACCCUGACGCCCCACAACAAGGAGACUGUGCGGCACAGUGAUGUUCUCUUCCUGGCGGUGAAGCCACACAUCAUCCCCUUCAUCCUGGAUGAGAUUGGCGCCGACAUCCAGGACCGCCACAUUGUGGUGUCCUGUGCUGCGGGUGUCACCAUCAGCUCUAUAGAGAAGAAGCUGAUGGUCUUCCAACCGGCCCCCAAAGUCAUUCGCUGCAUGACCAACACGCCGGUGGUGGUGCGUGAGGGUGCCACUGUCUACGCCACGGGCACACAUGCCCAGGUGGAGGACGGCCGGCUGCUGGAGCAGCUCAUGAGCAGCGUGGGCUUCUGCACGGAGGUGGAGGAGGACCUGAUCGACGCUGUCACAGGGCUCAGCGGCAGCGGCCCUGCCUAUGCCUUCACUGCUCUUGAUGCCUUGGCGGACGGAGGCGUGAAAAUGGGGCUCCCAAGACGCAUGGCGGUCCGCCUUGGUGCUCAGGCCCUGCUGGGAGCUGCUAAGAUGCUCCUGGAUUCGGAGCAGCACCCUGGCCAGCUCAAGGACAACGUGUGCUCCCCGGGAGGUGCCACCAUCCAUGCCCUGCAUGUCCUGGAGAGCGGGGGCUUCCGCUCACUGCUCAUCAAUGCUGUGGAGGCCUCCUGCAUCCGCACAAGGGAGCUACAGUCCAUGGCUGACCAGGAGAAGGUCUCACCUGCCGCCAUCAAAAAGACCGUGCUAGACAAGAUGAAGCUGGACUCCCCAGUGGGAGACUCACUGUCUCCUUCCGGGCACACCAAGCUGCUGCCCCGAAGCCUCGGCCCGACCAGCAAGAGGGAGUGA